UUUAAUGACAGAAAUAUCCCUCAUCUCGUCAUAAAACAAGGUUCUUCAAUUUGGAUCCCUGGCGGUGAGUCACGGACCAGCAUAACCAGUAAAAUAAUAGCAUCACUAUCACCAUUAUCAUCUUCUUCAUCGUCCUCACCUUCUUCAUCAAUCUCAGGGUUAACUUCCUCUUUUCCAUCUACAAAGGCAGUGGAUCUGCAAUUGUGAAAAACCCUACACAACCCAAUCAAGUUGCUCCUGCAACUACCACAGGUAUUUGUUGCAAUUGUGCAUGGAAAUAUAUAGGUCGAGUCGGAUCAUUAGCAGGCAGAAAAGGCUACAUCAAUUGGAUGUUGGUUUUGGAUGUUUGGAGAUCUUAAUGAAUUGUUAACGGAGAUUUUGUUUGAUUUUUCCUGAUGUAUGUCUGGCCUCUGAUAAGCCUCUGGAACAACUAGAGUCACUGGAGAUAUUGUGUGAUAGAUAUUUCCUGAAUGUACUGUCUGAGUCAAAGAUCUGUAUUUUCUAUAUCGAUUAAGCUCAAAUGAAAGGAGGACAUAUUUAUAGCUUUAAAGGGAGGUUUAUUUUCCUGCCUCUGGUUACCCUUGUUCUAUUUACCACAUUAAUGUGGACAUGGGAGAGAAAUCCAAUAAUAGCUAUGACUUUAAGAUCUGCUCAAGAAUGGUACAACUUACCUUCAGCGGAAGCCCCUAUUGAAUCUGUGGGAACCGCAACACUGGAAAAGGAUGUGGAAAAAUCCGCUACUCCCAGCACAGAAAAUAGAACAGAAAUUCACCUUGAUACUCAGGUUGUGGCAACUGUGGAUUCUAUACCUGCAGACUCUCCAAAAUCUCAAUACAAUCAAAAUUUCACUCCUUCUUCCAGAAGUACAGGAACUCCAACACUGGAAAAGGGUGGGGAAAAAUCCAUAACCCCAACCACAGAAAAUGGAACAAAACUUCAAUUUGAUUCUGAGGGUAUGGCAGCUAUGGAUUCUAUACCUGCAGAAUCUCCAAAAACUCAAUACAAUCAAAAUAUCACAGCUUCUUCUAGAAGUAAAGUUUGUAAUUACGCCAAGGGUAAGUGGGUUGCCGAUAGCAGGAGGCCGCUGUAUUCUGGGUUCAACUGUAAGCAAUGGUUAUCCUCAAUGUGGUCAUGUAGAAUGACACAACGACCAGAUUUCUCGUUUGAGGGAUAUCGCUGGCAACCAGAAAAUUGUGAAAUGCAAGAGUUUAACCGGUCUGCGUUCUUGAGAAAGAUGCAGGACAAAACAAUUGCUUUCAUAGGAGAUUCGUUGGGCCGGCAACAAUUUCAGUCUCUAAUGUGUAUGGUCACUGGUGGGGAAGAGAGCCCAGAGGUUCAAAAUGUGGGAUGGGAGUAUGGUUUGGUAAAAGCACGUGGAGCUAUUCGUCCAGAUGGUUGGGCUUAUAGAUUUCCCAAGACUAAUACCACUAUAUUAUAUUAUUGGUCAGCUAGCUUAAGUGAUUUGCAGCCCUUUAACAUCUCAGACAAACUGUCAAACGUUGCCAUGCAUUUAGACCGUCCCCCAGCUUUCAUGAGUCGGUUCCUCCAUCGCUUUGAUGUUUUGGUUCUUAAUACAGGACACCACUGGAACAGGGGGAAGCUUACUGCGAACAGGUGGAUAAUGCAUGUUAAUGGAAAGCCAAAUGAAGACAAGCAGAUUGAAGUAAUUGCAAAUGCCAAAAACUUAACAAUCUACAGUAUAGCCAGAUGGCUUGAUUUGCAGCUUGUUUCUCAUCCUCGGCUCAAAGCUUUCUUCAGGACUAUAUCUCCUAGGCAUUUCUUCAAUGGGGAUUGGAACACUGGUGGAAGCUGUGAUAACACUAUACCUUUAACCAAUGGAAGUGAGAUCAUGCAAGAAGGGUCUACUGAUACAACUAUUGAAGGUGCUCUAAAGGGUACAAAGAUUAAAAUACUGGACAUAACUGCCCUAUCGCAAUUGAGGGAUGAGGCUCACAUGUCGCGCUACACUUUUAGAGGAACUCUUAAUUCAAGUGACUGCUUGCACUGGUGCCUACCUGGUAUUCCAGAUACGUGGAACGAACUCCUUGUUGCUCAGAUAUAGGCUGUCAUAGUUUAGGCAUCUCUCCUUUCUUACAAAUGCAUUACAGAAUGCAUUAGUAAGAUGUUUAGGGCACCAGAAUAUGUUCAUUAUUUAUGGUCUAGGAAGACCAAUUAUUUGUUUCGUCCAAUGAUGUAUUUCAUUUAUUGUUUUCUCACCAAAUAGGAAAAGUGGGGAGAUCGUACAGCCCCAUUCCAUUUUCAUUUUAAUGAAAGAACAAUUAGGCGAAACUUAUAUAUAUGUAUGAUUUGGACAGAAUCGAGGAUGAACAUAACAACACGAGGUAUGAGCUAUAAAUACCAUAGGCAUGACCAAACUUGUCAUGGCCUUUAUUCAA